GCUGCAGUUUUGACGGAGGCUUCUUCCGUGUGUUUCUUCUGCUUUUUCUCCAAGGGAAAUGGCGGCUCCCGAGCAGCCAAUGCCCAUACCGAGAGGAUGCCCAAGCUCCACGUCGCUCUCCCCGCCCCGGGGCGACAGAACCCUUCUAGUGAGGCAUUUGCCGGCAGAGCUGACCGCGGAGGAAAAAGAGGACUUGCUGAAAUACUUCGGGGCGCAGUCGGUGCGCGUUCUGUCAGAUAAGGGGCGACUGAAACAUACAGCUUUUGCUACAUUCUCUAAUGAAAAAGCAGCUAUAAAGGCAUUGACAAGACUUCAUCAGCUGAAACUUUUAGGUCAUACUUUAGUAGUUGAAUUUGCAAAAGAGCAAGAUCGCAUUCAUUCUCCAUGUUCCACUUCAAGCACUGAAAAAAAGAAAAGGUCUGAUGACACUGUGGAAGAUGAUAAAGAAAAGAAAGAAUUUGGUUGUUUAACAAUAGAAAAUGGAAUUGCACCAAACCACGGGUUGACUUUUCCUCUGAAUUCAUGCCUCAAGUAUAUGUACCCGCCACCUUCAAGCACAAUCUUAGCAAACAUAGUAAAUGCUUUAGCAAGUGUACCUAAGUUCUAUGUACAGGUACUUCAUCUUAUGAAUAAAAUGAAUUUGCCUACACCUUUUGGACCAAUUACUGCACGACCUCCCAUGUAUGAAGACUAUAUGCCAUUGCAUGCACCUCUCCCACCUACAUCUCCUCGGCCACCUGAGGACCCUCCUUUGCCAGAUGAGGAUGAGGAGUUAUCUAGUAAAGAAUCAGAAUAUGAAAGCAGUGAUGAUGAGGACCGACAGAGAAUGACCAAACUAAUGGAACUAGCAAAUUUUCAGCCCAAAAGACCAAAGAUGGUAAAGCAGCGCCAUGUGAGAAAAAAGCGAAAAAUAAAGGAUAUGUUGAAUACACCCUCAUCUUCUUCACACAGCAAUGUACAUCCUGUGCUGUUACCUUCGGAUGUAUUUGACCAACCACAACCUGUAGGUAAUAAAAGAAUUGAAUUCCACAUAUCCACGGACCUGCCAGCUGCAUUGAAGAAAGAUUUAGAGAAAGAACAGAAUUGUGAAGAAAAAAAUUCUGAAUUACCUGCUACUGAAGUUGAUGCAUCCAGUAUAGGAUUUGGGAAAAUCUUCCCCAAACCUAAUCUGAACAUCACAGAAGAAACUAAAGAAGACUCUGAUGAAAUGCCCUCAGAAUGUAUUUCUAGAAGGGAGUUGGAAAAGGGCAGAAUUUCCAAAGAAGAAAUGGAAACACUUUCAGUUUUCAGAAGUUAUGAACCUGGCGAACCAAACUGUAGAAUAUAUGUAAAGAAUUUAGCUAAACAUGUUCAAGAAAAGGAUCUUAAAUUUAUUUUUGGGCGCUUUGUUGACUUUUCAUCAGAGACACAACGAAUCAUGUUUGAUAUACGCCUGAUGAAAGAAGGUCGCAUGAAAGGACAAGCUUUCAUUGGACUUCCAAAUGAAAAAGCAGCAGCAAAAGCCUUAAAGGAAGCAAAUGGAUAUGUUCUUUUUGGAAAACCCAUGGUGGUUCAGUUUGCUCGAUCUGCUAGACCCAAACAAGAUACAAAAGAAGGGAAAAGAAAGUGUUAAAUAUUAACAAAGAAGCAUUCCUGCGUAAAUACUGCUGUAAUACUGUCAUGCAAAGUGUAUCCUUUCUUGUUGUAUCCUUUUUGGGGCAGUGUUUUUUGGUUUUUUCCUAGAGAUAUUUUUUCCCUUUCCUAUCCACUGAUCCAGAUUAAGUAGUCAUUUUUCUAUACUUUUAUUCAAGUGAACUAUUUCUAAAAUUAUUUCUAUAGCUUGAGCAGGUUUGUUGUUGAAUUUUCUAUGCUUUCAUUUACGUUGUAUAGUUUUGCCAAGGAAAGUUAGUGAAUCAGGUCAACUUAGAGAAUGUAUGCAUUUGUUUUAACAGAGAAUGUGGUCUUUCUUCUAUUUAUGUAUUUCCUAAAUCUAAUUCAGUAACAUGCUUUUUAUUUUAUGAUACACCUGGUUUAGGUGUUCUGUAUAACAUGCUCUCCAAUUUGAAUGGGAAUUUUUUUAAAUGUACAUAUAUUGAAAUAACUGGAUUUCUGUAUAAAUGCCAAAUAGGAGUAGCGCACCUCACAUAUGAAGUCUUCUUUUUGAAAUCUUUUUUGACAGAGAGCAGUAGAAGUUUCUUCUCCCUGUUUCUUUUCCUAAACAAACAAAAAAUAAUAAUAAGGAAAGAGAAAAAACAUAAUGUUGACUUAGGGUAGUUCAGUAAGUGAAAAGAAAUGAUCCUGGUAGAAAUAUAAGAACAUAGAUUUCCAGACCAGUUGGUGUCCAAAAUCCACUGGAACACAGUGGUUCUCAAAUUUGGCUGCACAUUGGAACACCGUGGGAACUUUAAAAAAAAUUAUAUAUUUAUAUUUAUAUAUGUGUGUGUGUGUAUAUAUAUAUAUAUAUAUCUUUAAAAAGGGGGAAAAAUAACCUUAAAUAUAUAUUGAUAUCUAGUUCCUUCCCUCCCACAGAGUUUAGAUUUAAUUGGUUUGGGGCGUACCAUGGGCGUUGAAAUUUUUCAAGCCUUUCUAAUGUGCAGUCAAAGUGGAAAGCCACCAAAGAAGGGUUUUUAUGCAUAAAGAUUCCUAGACUAUGUGAAACAACACUGAUGAAUUAGAACCUCUGAGAAUGAGGUCCAAUAACCAAAUUUGAAAAGGUUUCCUUAGUAAUUUUAAGGACUGUCCUAUUGGGAUACUACUUUAUUAGAGUAAAUGGUUGGCCACCUAUUACCAACUUUGUCAUCCAACCUUUUAUAAACAGGAAAAUAAAGGGGUAGAAUCUCUGCAUCUCUUUGUGGGAAACUUUGCUAUUAUACAUACUAUGAAAACUACUCAAAAUUUUGUUAAGAACCAUUAUAACCCUAAGAGUUCAAAAAGUUCAUAUAUAACUGAAAUUACAAUUUUUUUGAUAUGCACAAUUAAAAUGCUUUGUUUUCUAAUGUUAUAAAUCAGUUUCUGGGAAACAUGUUUAUUUGCAUAAAAAUUUUGUUGUACUGACAUGAUUCACUAAUUUUCUAAGUAAAAAUGUUUUAGCUUUUAGUUAUUUUUGAACUAAUAGAUUAUUUUAUAAUCAUGAUUAUUUUUAAUGUGCUUUUCUGAUAUUUUAGGUUCCUUUUGAAUUCCAUAUCUUUCAAGUGCUUUCCAACUUUGAUGAGAAGAAAUUGACCAUCUGGCUAUGGAAUUGUGCGUAACAGCUUUGAAAGUAUAUUUAAAAAUUAAAUCUAUAUGCAUUUAGAUCAGAUUAUUGAAGAUAUAUAAUGUGUUUUAAUGAUUUCUCUCAUAUAAUAAAUUAUUUUCUUUCCAAUAAAA